AUGAAGAUACAUAAAUGCUUUAUGUGUAACUAUUUGCUCAAAAUAGUUAAGAGGAAGAGGAGGAAGAAGAAGUGCGCCGGGAGUGGCAACAUCGUUGUGCACAAGGAUCGAGGGGGGGAAACAGAUGCCCUGAAGGGAGCCAAUUCGAAUAGCACCAACAGCAACAGGAGUAGUUUUCUCGAAACUGACCCAGAGGAGCAGGGGGUACCUGCUUUGGGAAAGGUGCAAUCGAAGGAGGGCAUUUGGGAGAGUGGCGAUACCACGGCGGUGGAGCCUAAUGCGGAUGGCUCUUUACAGUGUAGCUGCCUUUCCAAUGGCAACAUCAGUAGUGAUCACAAUGGUUAUCUAAAAGAGAGGUGUGGUAAAAAUGCCUGGGAGGAAGCAGUCGAUGCGAACAGCUGCAUCGAAAGCAACCCCCACAAGGUGAAUCAUCACAUCGGACGGGAUAAUCAACACAGGAAGGAAGAAGCUCGCUACUCGUGUAUACUCCUUCGUGUGUGUGAGCAGAAUGGAAAAUCAGCCCCAUGCCGUAGGACCUUGAUCAGGCGGAAAGGCAUAAACGCGAACUACGCGUUGGAUAGGCAUUACCUCACAUUUGUGGCUCAGUACCGAAAUGGGCAGAUAAAAAAAGACAUCAUGAGGGUUAUCCGUUUUGUGGGUUUUUUCCUGUCACGGAGGAAGAAUCAGAGGGCCAUCAAUUUGGUGCAGCAGGUUGGGAAGUGGGAGGAUCAACCAGGUGAUGCCGCUCCCAUGAGGGGAGGUGGUCCAGGCGACUUCCCACCCAUGUGGAGCGAACUGCACCACCUGUAUAAGCGCCAAAUGAGCAAACUAAACCGAAGCGAGUGCAUCUAUAGUGAUCCCAUUUUGGAAACUCGCAAAAGGAAGUCACGGGGGCUGCUCAACAAACUGGUCAAGCGAAGUGUGCGAGUUGUUCACAUGCUAGAAGUGGAAAGAAUUAAGCAAAAGAGGUUUGUUGGCCAGACCAACAUGGGGUCUUUCCACCAUGGAGACAUCACCAAAAUUAUGAAAAGCAAAAUUGCCAAACAUAAAUACUUAAGGGGUAUAAUUGAGUUAUGCCAAAGGUACGUUAAGCUUGUGGAUGGCUCCCUUUUUUGCAUCAUGAGCAGGAUGGGGAAGUCUAUCGUGCGAAUUGGUAGGGGGGAGAAGAAGUGCCAUCGGGGGGGUACUACCUCCGGUGCGCCGUUACACAGAAGGGGUAACCUAAAGAGUGAUCGCACGAAUGACCGCACCGAGGACACUGUCGAGAGUUGCAAAAGGGGGAGGCAGUCCUUUGAAUGGCGCCACAAAGGGAUCCAUUAUGGUAAGGCAAACCUGACCCUUUUUAAAGAAACCAAUGAGGGGCCUCAUCUUUCUGACCAUUCGAGGGGAGACCCUUCUUCCGCUGCUACGAUGAAGGGUGGACAAGAGGAAAACACAACAGUGAACUGGACAAUUUCGAAUGACGCCAUUACGGGUAGAAACCGAAGCGGUGGAACAAAAUUAACCAGACGGGGCAACAUACAUAGCACUGCUGAGGGGGGGUAUUCCAUAGGUGGCAGAGCAAAUCGAGUUGCUAAGUGGUCCUGUGUGUUUCCCACAUGUAGGGGGAAAACCCCCGUUAGAAAAAUGCUCAGCAGGAAGUGUGACCCUACUGGUGGAAAGAAAAAAAUAAGAGUCAAACAAUCACACAACGGGAAUAGUCAUUAUAGGACGUGCAAUUUAGGAAAAAAUCGAAAUAGCCGCGGAAGAGCAACAAAAAUGCGGCAAUCGUAUUUUCAGGAAAACCUUAAGAGGGAGCAGACCGAACAGGCUGGCGAAGUGGAAGGGGAGACAACCCUCCCUGAAUAUGAUAGCCACGAGGAAUGGGUCCACACUGAUAAGCCAUUUGAAACGAUCUCUGAUAGCCUAGUGGGGGGCAGGGACGGAAGAAAAAAAGGCAGUCACAAAAUGGAUGGCGAUGGGAGGAAGGACCAGUGGUGGAUGGCCGACAAGAGUGAACCCCACAAGAGUGAAACGGACAAGGUAAGGGGCGAUACCUCCAAAGAAAGCGAAAAAAGCAGUGACCAUUCGGGUAAAAAAUGGGUGUAUCAAAGUAGCGACAAAAAUGGCAUAACUCCAAACGAGCUAACCUCCGUCUUGCGCAGCGAAAACAAAUUUGUGGAGUGCCUACAAAGCUGCGAGCACAUCAAGAAGAACUUCAAAAUGGUGAAACUGCUAAAGGAUAAUAGCUCCAAUUUUGUAUACAAAUGCUUCGAUACAAACCAUAAACGAUACGUGGCCAUUAAGUGUGUAAACAAAGAGAAGCAACUCUCCAUUAUGAGCUACAACACCUAUUUAGGUAUUUACAAAAUUGUGCAAAAAAUUAACAACGAUAAUGUAGUAAAGAUUUAUGAUGUGCUGGAGAGCCCUUCUCACUUCUUCAUCGUCAUGGAGUUAUGUGAAGGGACAGACCUCGUCGAAUAUGUGUCUAAAGAAGAAAUUCCUUUCGAGAAAGCGAAAGAUAUUAUUUGCCAACUGCUCAACGGAAUUAACGCUCUGCAUGCCAAUUCGAUCAUUCACAGAGAUAUUAAGCUGGACAAUCUCAUGUUCAAGGACAAAGGUUUUGAGAAGCUGGUGAUAAUUGAUUUUGACAUGAGCGUUUACAUGUAUGGGGAGCUUGACGUUGACGUGCCUGUCUGGAGGGACUCCUGCCUGUAUGGCAGCGACACGAAGGAGGGCUUCGACGAGAAUGAUUUUGGUGGCUGCGGGGGGAGAGGCGAGGCCACAAAGGGGGAAGUUAUCAAAGUGGAUUCCACCAAAGGGGAUGUCAUGAAAGGGGAUUCCACCAAGGGGGAUAUCCCCAAAGGGUAUGACACCAAAGCCGACUCCACCAAUCGCAGCUUGGCCAACCCCAGCUUCGCCCAAAACAGCUUGCAGGCCAACUCCGUGCAAGCGAACAAAGCCCUGCCGAAGCACUCAUGCGACUGCGAAUGUAUCCCGAGCGCGGACGCCGCGAAGAGGGGGGGCAACGUGCUACGCGGGAGCCAAUUCCUGACGAAUAAUUUCGACCCAAAUAACACGUACACGAAUAAAAUUAUGGGAAAUAAUGAGGACCGAAAAAAUUGCGUGAUGUACCCUCCCUACUCCGAUAGUUACAUAAAAAUUCAGAAGAACAACAAAAAAACGGCGUCCCUUAAUUACAAUUAUAUAAGUCGGGUGGAAAACGGCUUCCUAUCUGCAUGCACAGGCAACACGGAGAAGACGUUCAUUAACGAGGGGGACAAGGUGAUUUACAACGACCUGAUUAUUGGGACGAAGGAGUAUAUGUCUCCGUACUGCUUGAAGGGGAUAUACAGCAUAAAAACGGAUAUAUACAGCAUUGGAGUUACAAUUUUUUUAAUUCUCUUUAAAAAUUUCCCCUACCUGUUUGAAGAGAAAGGCAUCAACAAAUGGCAAAACGAAGUGAUUAACAAAAAUAAGGACAUUGUCAUUCCCUUUUCCUUCCUGUUCCAUAACAUAACGUGCACGUAUUUUGUAAAAUUAAUGGACGUACACUUGAUGCACAACAAUAUUUAUUUUUGCAAAAAUAGUUGCCUCUUGGACAACAAUUUGAAAGAAAUUGAAAAACUGCAGAACAUCAAAAUUGAUUUCAAUCAAAUCAAAAUAAAUGCCAAAAAUAUUUACCUGCUUGAGAUUUUGAAGCGGUCUUUAUCGCUCGACCUCGACGAUCAGUAUAGUAGCGUUUCCGAAAUUUUGGAAAACAAAAUUUUCGCCUGA